AUGAAGAACACCUGUGGGGAUCGCCCCGAACCCGCCGAUCCGGCCUACGAAUCCCCUUACGAUAUCUCCACUCACUGGGUGGCCCGCGACGGGAACGGACUUAGGGGACGCGUGGAGAUCGCAGAGACGUAUGAGGGGCAAGACCUUGAUGCCUGGCGGAACGUCAUCGGCGUGCGGGAUACCGAGGGCACCAAAGAGAAGGGGAGGUUGUCGAUGCUGAAGGAGAAAGCCGCAAAGCUGAUGCUCAAGGUGGUGUUUGGAUUUCGGGGACCCGCGGACAACCUGGGCCGUCGCGGAGAACUUUCCUGCGAGAUGAAGCGCAGUCCAUCGGGCCAUUUUGAAGUCCUUUACCUCGACGAAGAGAUAUGGGUGACGCGCGGGCACAAGGGCACACUGGUGGUUGUCACUCGUGUUUUAUUUUUUUACCGACUUUCAUCGGGUGACUUUUGCUAG